GGAAGAGACCAUUAUGGUUCCUGCUGCUCUGCAUUUUCUGCUGAAGGUCCCAAGUGCUCUAUCCCUGCGGGCUUCCCUGAGAAGAUCUCUCCACCGUUCUAGCCAGGGCUAUCCAGUUUGCAACUCUCAGAGCUCUAAGAAUUAUGAAGCCAUAAGACAACAGUAUAGAUCAGAGGUGCCAGAGUAUUUCAACUUUGCCAGUGAUGUGCUAGACAGAUGGACUGAAAUGGAAAAGGAGGGAAAAAGGCCUAAAAACCCUGCGUUGUGGUGGGUAAAUGGUGAUGGAGAAGAAGUGAGGUGGAGCUUUGAAGAGCUCGGAGUCCUGUCCAGGAAAGUGGCUAACAUAUUGUCGGAUGCCUGUGGCCUGCAACGGGGAGACAGAGUUAUCCUGAUUCUGCCCAGGGUCCCGGAGUGGUGGCUGGUGAACGUGGCUUGCAUGCGAACAGGAACUGUCCUGAUUCCUGGCACGCAGCAGCUGACAGCAAAGGACAUUCUCCAUCGACUACAGAAAUCAAAGGCAAAGUGUAUCAUCACUGAUGAUUCUGUGGCACCAGGUGUAGAUUCAGUUGGGCCUGAAUGCCAGUCUCUGAAAUUCAAGCUGCUCGUGUCAAAGGGCCACAGAGAAGGAUGGCUGAACCUUAAAGAGCUCCUGAAACAUGCUUCUUCUGAUCAUCGCUGCCUGCCCACAAAGCACCAAGAACCAAUGGCCAUCUAUUUUACCAGUGGAACUACAGGGUCUCCAAAAAUGACUGAACACUCCCACAGCAGCUAUGGCAUUGGCCUCACAUUCAGUGGAAGGUACUGGCUGGACUUGACUUCCUCAGAUAUACUGUGGAAUACAUCAGACACAGGCUGGGCAAAGUCAGCUUGGAGCAGCAUUUUUUCCCCAUGGAUUCAAGGGGCAUGUGUGUUUGCCCAUAGGAUGCCAAGCUUCAGCCCAAGCCUUGUCUUGGAGAGCCUGGCAAGAUAUCCCAUAACAGUCUUCUGUUCUGCUCCAACUGCCUAUCGAAUGUUUGUGCAACAUAAACUGUCCAGCUAUAAAUUCAGAAGCCUGCGGCACUGUGUGAGUGCUGGGGAGCCAAUCAACCCUGAAGUGAUGGGAGAAUGGAAAGAACACACUGGGCUGGAUAUUUAUGAAGGCUAUGGACAGACAGAAACUGUGCUGGUCUGCGGAAACUUUAAGGGAAUGAAAAUUAAGCCUGGCUCUAUGGGAAAGCCAUGCCCAGGGUAUGAUGUCAAGAUUAUAGAUGAAACCAGUAAUAUUCUGCCUCCUGGGAAAGAAGGGGAUAUUGCCAUCAGAGUAAAACCUACAAGACCAUUUUGUCUUUUCACAUGCUAUACUGACGAGCCAGAAAAAACUGAGGCAACAAUACGUGGAAAUUUUUACGUGACUGGUGACAGGGGGAUCAUGGAUGAAGAUGGAUACUUCUGGUUUGUUGGAAGAGCUGAUGAUGUCAUCAAUUCUGCUGGCUAUCGCAUUGGACCAUUUGAAGUAGAAAGUGCCCUAGUAGAGCAUCCUGCAGUGGUGGAAGCAGCAGUCAUCAGCAGCCCGGACCCCAUCAGAGGAGAGGUAGUGAAAGCCUUUGUUGUUUUAACACCUGAGUAUGUUUCACAUGAUCCAGAAAAAAUGAUGAAUGAGCUACAGGACCAUGUUAGAAAAGUUACUGCUCCAUACAAGUAUCCUAGGAAGAUGGAAUUUGUUCAACAGUUGCCAAAAACUAUUAGUGGGAAGAUCAGAAGAAAUGAACUGCGCCAGAAGGAAUGGAAAAAAGCUUAAAAUUACUUGCUGCUUUUUUAUAAUAUCUUUUAUA